AUGAAAGCCAUCACCAUCGUCGCGCCCGUCCUCGCCAGUCUCGUCUUCCUUCAGGGAGUUCCCGCUCCAGUUUUUGCCGCCCUUGGCACUGCUAUAGCUGCUGGAGGUGCUGCUGGAGCGGCCGCUGGAGUGGCCGCUAGUGGAAUCAGCGCUGGUAUCAUUUCUGGUGUCGUCGGUGGUAUCGUUUCCGGAGGAGUUAGCGUAGGCGUCACCUGCGCAGUCACAAAGUCCUGCAAACACCGUCGUUCUGCCUACAUUCACGCACGACAGAUGGCCCGGGAGCUCAGAAAAGAGCUUGGUGUCCGAAGGGACGGCGCGGGCCCUGCACCUCCUGGCGUGCCUCAACAUAACUGGGACGACUGCUAUAAUGAUGCUUUGAAAGGCCACAUCACAAUCACUGGGCCCGUUAACGAAAACGAUAUUCGAGUGGAGGGUCUACCUACCAGCUGCAUGGUACUCGCCACAGUCCUUGACGGCAACACUUCGGGAGGUCCCACACCCAUUCCCUGCGGCACUUCUUGCAUGGAUUGGACCGGCAUGACACCCGAGUACUAUGAGGAAAUCCGCGGUAUUAUCAAUGCCCAAAUCCUGAACCAAUAG